UCGUGGCUUCCCAGCCGCGCGAGAAGGUGAGACACCGACCAGGCCGCGCGCCGAGCCGGGGCCUCGAUUAGCAGCUCCAGCCGGGGGGCGUGACGUAGACCCCGGCUUGGCCACCCACCCUUCCCCCCCCCUCCCGCUCAGCACUUCCGGCCGGAGAUGCGACGCAGCUGCGACGAGUAGGCCGCCAGCAAAGCCGGGGACUCGAGUAUCUGCAGUAGCCGAGGAGUGUGAUCGUUUGCCGAGCCCAUCCCGCUCGCUUCUCAGCGUCUGAUCCUCACGUGCAGGCCGCAAACGAAGCCGCGGACUGGAAUAGCAGCCGUAGCUGGGGGCGGGAGGUAAAACCCGGCAUCCUCCCCCCUUCAAUUCUCCUCAGCGUUUCUUCGUUAGGCCGCAAACGAAGCCGGGGACUCGCGUAGCCCUGGCAUCCGGGGACGGUGAGCCCAAACCCGGAAAAAAUCCUUCCAUCUCGUCAUUCCUUAUCGUGGUGACUUAUUAUUAUAGAGACGACUAGGCCACAAAAGGAUGCUGAAGUAGUGUUGGCGAGUAGGCCUCGAGGGAAGCCGGGGACUCGCGUAGUUGCGCUAGCCGGGGGCGGCGACACCAGAGGCGGCCGGUCCUCCCACGCCAGUCCGGUGCUUUUGGACCUAGACGAAAACAGCGUCUCGUCACCGCGUUGCUCCAUUCCUAAAAGUGACUUAUUAUAGUGACGACUAGGCCGCAAGUGAAGCCUGGGACUCGCGUAACCGCGCUAGCCGGGGCCGGCGACACCAGAGGCGGCCUGUCCUCCCACUCCAGUCCUGUGCUUUUGGACCUAAUCGACCACAUUUUCGAGAAUAGCGUUUCCUUCUCGUCCCCGCGUUGCUCCAUUCCCAAUAGUGACUUCGUAUAGUGACGACUAGGAUGCUGAAGGAGUUGAGUAGUGUUGGCGACUAGGCCGCAAGUGGAGCCGGGGACUCGCUUAGCCGCGCUAGCCGGGGGCGGUGACAUUAAGGCGGCCUGACCUCCUACUCCAGUCCGGUGCUUUUGAGCCUAGACGACCCCAUUUUCGAGAACGGCGUUUCCAUCUCGUCUCCGCGUUGGUUCAAUCCUAAUAGUGACAUUAUAGUGACGACUAGGAUGCUGAAGGAGUUGAGUAGUGUUGGCGAGUAGGCCACAAGUGAAGCCGGGGACUCGCUUAGCCGUGCUAGCCGGGGGCGGUGACUUUAAGGCGGCCUGACCUCCUACUCCAGUCUGGUGCUUUUGGGCCUAGAGGUCCACAUUUCGGAGAAGAGCGCUUCCUCUUCGGGGACGCCUCCAUGUGGCUCCAGCAGCGGUUGAAGGGCCUCCCUGGGCUGCUGUCGAGCAGCUGGGCCCGGCGCUUGGUGGCCUUCCUGGCCUUCCUGUGUGUGGCCUACUGGUACCUCGGAGGGGCCUUGCCUGGGCUUUGGGCCUGGAGGCCGGGGCAGCCGACGGGGCCGGGCAUUUGCCUGCAGGCCGAAACCCGCCAUUGGGUUGCGAUGAAGGAGCGUGGCGAAGCCUAUCUCCUCCCGGCGGACGGCCAGACCCAUUUGCCGCCAUCUUUGGUGGGCAACGGCUACGUCGUCCUGGACGCCGGCUCGAACCGCCUCUGGCUGACUGCUCCCACGUCUGGCAACGGCCCCUCGUCCACUUCGGCGGCUCCCGUCGACGUCCAAGCUUUGGCCCGGCUCCGUUUAGUCGGCAAUGGCGUCAAGGAAGCCCAAGCCACCGCCGUCGUGUUCCGGGACGGCUCCGUCCGGUCGGUGCGCUGCUUCGCGGCCGGCGGUCAAGCCUGCGUCACCGUCCGGGAAGAGGUCCUCGCCCACCGCAGCCGGCCGCACCUGUACGUCCAGCGCUUGACCGUCGCCAACCCCACCGACCGCUGGGUCUCCUUCGAGGUGUCCGGCCUCAACGGCGCCGCUGAGGAGCAACACGCUGACCGCCGCGUCUGGGUGUCCUCCGGCCGGGCCACGUCUUUGUCCAGCUCGGCCUUCUCCUUCGCCGUGGCCUCGGCCGUGAAGGCGCUCUCUGGACGCGUCCAAGUGGGGCCCAAGGCCACCCUGGAGGAGACCGUGCUGACCGCCGUGGUGCGGGGUGCGGCCGAGGGCGGGCGGCCCGAGAAAGACGCCCUGGUCAAGCUGCGGGAGGCCGCCCGGAAGGAGCUGGACGAAGCCUUGCGCCUCCCCAUCGAGGACCUCCUGCAAGAGCACCGGCGCGCCUGGGCUGACCUCUUCGUCUCCGGCGUGGAGGUGCGGAAGGUGACGGACGCGCACACCCCAGCGGGCGACACGGUCAACCUGACGCUGUACUACGUGCUGUCCACCUCCCCGGCCCCACUGCUGGACCCCUCGUUGGGGCCCGAGGAGCGGGAGCGGAUGGAGGCGACUCUGGGCUACGCGGACCCCUGCUUCAGCGGCCAUGCCACCAUGCACGCGGGGCCACUUUGGCCAGGCCCUCUCUCCUCAGUGGGGCAGGUGCUGCAGCUGGCCGGCCUGUGGCGGCUGACCCUCCAGAAGCGGGGCUGCAAGGGCCUGGUGUCGGCCGGGGCGCACGGCCUGGUGCAGGGCAUGGUGCUCAGCUUCGGCGGGCUCCAGUUCACCGAGAACCACCUGCAGUUCCAGGCCGACCCAGACGUGCUGCGCAACAGCUACGCCUUGCGCGGGAUCCGCUACAACAAGGACCUGAUCAACCUGGUGGUGCGGCUGGACGCAGAAGGGAAGCCUGUCCUGCACGCGGCGGUCGAGGUGCAGGAGAAGCCCGUGCGGCUGUACGCCUGUGAGGGGGGCUGCGCCAACGACCCCGUGGAGCUGACCUCCCAACCGCACGGGCACACCUUCCCCGUCAUGGUCACCCGGCCCAUCACCCCGCUGCUCUACAUCUCCACCGACCUGGUGCACCUCCAGGACCUGCGCCACACGCUCCACCUCAAGGCCAUCCUGGCCCACGAGGAGCACAUGGCCCAGCAGGACCCCGGACUGCCCUUCCUCUUCUGGUUCAGCAUCGCCUCCCUCAUCACCCUCUUCCACCUCUUCCUCUUCAAGCUCAUCUACAACGAGUACUGCGGGCCCGGGGCCAAGCCGCUCUUCCGGAGCAAGGUCUAGAACCCCUUCGGUGCCCCGGAAGGAAGCGGAACUCCCCCUUCCUUUGGAAUUUAUGAACUGCAAGUCUGGGGCCAAGCAGCUCUUCCGGAGCGAGGUCUAGAACCCCUUCGGUGCCCUGGAAGGAAGCAGAAAUCUCCCUUCCUUUGGAAUUGAUGGACUGGGCCCGGGGCGAAGCCACUCUUCUGGAACCAAGUCUAGAACCACUUUCAAGCCCCAGAAGGAAGCAGAAAUCCACCUUCCUUUGGAAUUGAUGGACUGCGAGCCUGGGGUCAAGCCGCUCUUCCGGGGCAAAGUCUAGAACCCCUUCGGUGCCCCAGAAGGAAGCAGGGUCCCUUGGUUUUGGAAUUGAUGUACUGCGGGUUUGGAGCCAAACUGCACUUCCAGAGCAAAGUCUAGAACCCGUUCGCCACUCCGGAAUCAGUGCCCCUUCCUUUGAAAUUGAUGUACUGUGGGUCCGAGGCCAAGCCGCUCUUCUGGAGCAAGGUCUAGAACCCCUUCGGUGCCCCGGAAGGAAGCGGAAACCCUCCUUUCUUUGGAAUUGAUGGACUGUGGGUCCAGAGUCAACCCACUGUUCCAGAGCAAAGUCUAGCGCCCCGGAAGGAAGCAGCACCCCUUCCUAUCGAAUUGACGUACUGGACGGCCAAGCUGCCGUUCUGGAGCAAAAUCUAGAACCCAUUCAGAGCCGUGGAAGCAGCAUCCCUCCUUUAGAAUUGACGUACUGCUGGCCCGGAGCCAAGCUGCCAUUCUGGAGCAAAAUCUAGAACCCAUUCAGAGUCCUGGAAGCAGCAUCCCUCCUUUAGAAUUGACGUACUGCUGGCCCAGAACCAAGCCACCGUUCUGGAGCAAAACCUAGAACCCUUUCAGAUCCCUUCUCUUGGAAUGGGUGGCUAACUUUGGUGGAAGUACAAGACCAACCCCAAAUUGCAAUGCAUCUGUUUGGGGCUCUUUGUUCCGGAACCAAGCCUAGAACCCGUUCCGAGCCCCGGAAGCAGCAUCCUUUCCUUUGGAAUAUACGAAGUCGCUUUGGUUUCCGCCGUGAAGUGAGCGCAAAGUGAACCAGAAUCAAUCCCAAUCUGUUUCAACAUGGAUGAGAAUGUAAACAAUGGGAAGGUCAACGGUGGGCAUCCAUUGUUUGGAGGGCGAAGCAGAACGUGAUAUUAAUACAACUGUUUUCAGGUUCGAUUGCAUUGGGAAACGUAAUGUGCAUAACUACUGGAAUCCUAGGAAUGUGUGCGUCUCAUAUAUAUAUAUAUAUAUGUAUAUGUAUAUGUAUAUGUAUAUAUAUAUAUAUGAUUCAAUUUCCCUCUUGUGCCUUUUCCCCCCACUGAUUUAUAGCUUCCUCCAUUGGCAUUUGCACCACAUCAUGGCUUCCUUUUUUUGCUCUUUGGCCUCGGUUUCCAUUUUGUUGUUUCUCCCCGAGGAUUUCCUCUUGCCGUUUGAUUGUUGGGGUCCUUUUUAAAAUACCAAAGGUUUUUGGCUUUGUUUUGAUUUUUUUUUUCAUAAUUAAUGAAUAAAUAAAUUUCUGUCAAAUCGA